AUGAAAAGCACUAAGAAAAAUAUGGCAGAAGAAUAUCUGUAUUUGGAUUUUUCGCAUCAAAUUGAAGGAUGCAUUUUUCCUCUUCAUACGUCUGUGACUUUAUUUUUGUUAUCAUACUGUGAAUGCAAAAUCUUUAAAGUUUGUCUAGUCCUCACCAGGGAAAACACAGAUAUUUCACUGCUUAAAAAUGUAUUGUCCCAAGAUGUGGAAAUACAGAUUAUUUCAAGGCAAGAGCUCCCACCAAUAGUCCAGAGCUGCUGUUUACCAGCAGUGGUAGAAAGACCGGACAAUUUUUGUAGAGCAGGGCUUGCUGUUAUAUUAAGACACAUCAUCCAAAAAUCAUAUGAAGCAGACCCCUCAAGGAAGGAAAUCGUGGAACUUCUGGGUUUUAAGAAGACUUGUCUGAAAGCCUGUGCUGAAGUGAGUCAGUGGACCAGGUUAUGUGAACUCACCAUCCCUUCAGCUAUUGAGAAUUUUCUCAAAGACUCUUCUGGCCAGCACCCAGCCAUUCCUGCAGAAAUAAUGCUGCUGGAGAAUAAGCUUGGUGAGCCUGUCAGAGUCCAUAAUGAUGACAAGCUCCGUCGGCAAAAGCUGAAGCAACAGAAGGCUUCAGGAGUGGGGCCUUCCCUGCUUAAAGGAAAAACAAAGAGUGAGUCCCCAAAACAGGAAACUUGGCAUGCAGUGGACUCGUCAUCCCAGAACCUGGAGCUGCAGAUGGCCUUCUCUAAGCUCACCGUGCAGGAGGGGACAGCUGCUGCAAGCAAGGAGCCAGCCCACAUCAGAAAGGCCAGCGCCGCUGCCCUUCCACCCCUGGAGCACGUGUUUGCAGAAGGCCUCUACUUCACUCUGUCAGACAUUGUGCUCCUGCCCUGUAUCCAUCAGUUCCUGGUAAUUAUCUGCAAGAAUCUUUCUGAAAAAUUGGUAGAAUUUCCACUGCUGGUUGCUUGGUACCGGAGGGUUCAGGAAGUUCCAAGAGUGAAAAGAGCAGCUUCACAGUGUGGCAUCCACUUUCUCCAUUUCCCGGAAUCACAGACCACCUCCAGGGAGCAGCAGCCAAGUGCCACUGAGGCCCCUGGUGUGGAGGAGCAGAAUGAGCCAGCAUUUAUAGGUGGACCCAGGCCCACGAUGACCAAGCUAAGGGAAAAAGGCAUUGAAGUGAUGUUCUCUCCCCACCCUUGCCCUGCAUGGACCCUUGAUUGGAAUAACCUUCCCGCAGCAGUGAGCCCAAAAGAAGGUAAAAUGUCCAACGAUCGGGCUUUGAGGAAGCAGCAGCAGUUAAACAACCUGGUUUAUGUGGUGACAAAUCAGGCCAGACCUGGUGACCGAAUUGUGGAUUUCUGCAGUGGCGGGGUUACAUUGAUAGAAAACAAGGAAUUGUCAUUAAUUCGUGCUAAGAAGAGGAGUGAUGAACUAGGCUUAAACAACAUUUGGUUCAUUCAAGCAAAUAUGGAGUACUUCACAGGGAUGUUUAAUAUUGGGGUGGCGCUGCAUGCGUGCGGAGUGGCCACGGACAUGGUGAUCGAGCACUGCAUCCAGACUCGUGCCGCCUUCGUGGCAUGCCCUUGCUGCUAUGGUUUCAUCCAGAACACCUCCAAGUUUGACUUUCCAAAAAGUGAACAAUUCAAGGAAAUUUUAUCAUACAAGGAACACAUGAUUCUGUGCAGGUUUGCGGACCAGACAGCUGUCCAGCUUCCACCCCAGCGCAGACUCGUAGGAAAGCAGUGCAUGUGCCUGGUGGAUCUGGAUCGAGCCAGAGCUGCAGAAGAGCGUGGCUACACCGUGCGAGUGAUCUCCAUGGAGCCGGAGAGCUGCUCUCCCAAGAACAACUUGAUCGUGGGCAUCCCCGUCGAGAAGGGGGCAGACAUCUGAGACUCGGCCCGUCUCCGCCAUGAAACUGCACGUGCUCCUGGUUCUUGGCACGACUGGGAGCCAGCAUCUGCCUGGAGCAUGCUGUGCGCAGGAAGCCAAGUGGCAGGAACACUGGCAGAAGGGCCGUCCGCACGGCGCUGCAAACGCUCGCGUGGCGGGUGACUACAGGAGACGGUCUUCGUGGCGAUCGGCCGCGAUGUGCCCAGCCGCAGACUCUCCUCACUCUGGAGGCUGCGUCCCUGGAGUAGUAACUCCCUGUCAGUUUACAGCUCUGCUGCCCUUGCCAGUGUGAGGUCCAGUUCCUGACGCUUUUCCAGCCAUUUCAAUAUUCCAGAGGAGACCAAAACUAGAUUCUGUGGGGUUUGUUUUUUUUUACUAAUUUUACUUUUCUAUGAUUUUUUUUUUAAUCCAGUCAGGUAAUUAUAGUGCGGUUAAAUUUAUAAACCAGGGUGAGUUGGAUUUGUAUAUCAUUUUGUAUACUCUUUAAUAUAUUUCCUGUAAAUUAUCAAAUAAGGUGAUCACAUGUCUCUUGUGUGACAUGUGGAAGUGAAUC